GUUCCUCAGGUUUCUAACACUGGUUUUCAGAAGAUUUUCAUAAUCCUCAUAUACAGUAUACACAAAUUUCACAAAAUAUUGCAUUUGAACGCGUAGCAAUUCUUCGAUUAACUAUACCAUCUAAUAAUAAAGUGUGUAAAUAGAAAAUACCGAUUUUUAAACCUGCUCUUCCUAGCCUAUAAUCGCGUCAUCGUCAACAUAACUGGCUGUUUAAAACUGCAUUUUAAAAAAAUGCAUAAACCAAAUGGUGCGUGUAUUCACCUAGUAAAACGUCGACUUUAUAUCAAGCUUACAGAUCGCCUAUACUACUCUAAUUAACUCUGCUGCAAUUGUAAUCACAGCGUAAUCGGAUAUAAGCACAAAGGUCAAGACUUGUCGCUCAUCCAACAAUUUAUUACCUGGCACUCUUAGAGCAAUUUUAAACGACAGAUUAAUGUUGUCAAUGUACACAUUUGUGAAUGUAUACACAUUGCAAAACUAAGAAUUCGGCAGAUACAAUAGCAACGAACAAGAUAUAGAUGGCAAAAAAAAAAUGUAACCAUACUCCAACUUAGUUACAACUACUUACAUUUGCAGGAUACAACAGCUACCACUGCAAGAAUAGAGUAAAAGAGGAAAGCCAGAGCUGCUAAUAAUUGGAUAUUGAGUGCUGAUUAAGAAACAGCUGAUCAGCAAAAUAUUUUUCAUAAAAAAAGAAGUAAACCGAGAAAUAAAAACUCGCAUAAAACUGUUACAUACACACCUUUCAACACAUUUGAUUGUAGCCCAUAAGCACAAAAAGAGAAAGUCUAAAACGAAGUCUUAUGUUAUAAUGUCAGCAUACGGAGUAACAUGCUAUAAUGGUAACAGCGAAAAGAUGCGCAGUAACGGCACGAACGGCAGCUCCUGCGGUGUCCAUCCACAGACGAGAGUGGCUGCAUGCAGCCCGUCUAACAGCCCGAGCAGCAGCAGUAGCUCGAAUCUUCUACAGUUUCUCACCAUCGUCUUAGCAUGCGUGUUAUGUUACUGGAAUAGCGCGCAAUGUGAACUGGUCUUCGAUGAUAUUAGCGCCGUACGCGACAACAAGGAUUUACGUCCGUAUACACCGCUUGGUAAUAUUUUUCUUAACGACUUCUGGGGUACACCAAUGCGCAAAGAGCAAUCGCACAAAUCGUAUCGCCCGCUCACUGUGCUUACUUUUCGUUUCAACUAUUGGCUGCACGAACUACAACCAUAUGGCUAUCACAUUGUAAAUGUAAUGCUACACAUUGUUGUGUGUCUGUUGUGGCGUCACGUGUGCAGACUGUUACUACUGCAUUGCGCCGGCGCUGGGGGAGUAGCGGCUGCUCCCCUGCAUUGUAAUGGUUUGCGCGUAAACACUUGUAGCUUCUUGGCGGCACUGUUGUUUGCUGUCCAUCCCAUACAUACAGAGGCUGUUACCGGUGUGGUAGGGCGUGCUGAGCUACUCUCUUCUAUAUUUUUUCUGGGCGCAUUUCUCUCGUAUACAAGCGCUGUUGAAGUAUCGCCCCCAGUUCAACGUCGGCAUUUGCAGCAGCAACAACAGCCUUUUUUAAAGAAUCGUUGCACUCGCUGGUCGGUGUUGUGUUGCAGUUUUGGCAGUAGCUUACUGGCUUCCAUGCUGUGCAAGGAGCAAGGCAUCACCAUAGCGGCUAUUUGUGCUGCUUACGAAUUGUUCGUUGUGCAGCAGGUGCGCCCACGUGAAAUUUGGUUGUGUGUGCAACGCUUUUUCGAAGACCGAACACAUAUUCUAACACCGCAGCAUGCAGCUAAAGGUACCGCAGCCUCAGCAACCAGUGCAUCGUCGUCGCCCGACGAAUAUAGUCGUUUAGGAGCUAACGGGCUUUGGAAUGGCAGUUUGUUGCGACGCUUGUGUUUUCUUAUCUGUAUUACGGCUGCACUUUUGAUCGGUCGUGUUUACGUGAUGGGCUCGCAACUGCCGGUCUUCACACGUUUCGACAAUCCAGCUUCUGCGGCGUCGACACCAACCAGGCAGCUCACCUUUAGUUAUCUCAUUUACCUAAAUCUGUGGUUGAUGUUAUUUCCUAGUGAUCUAUGCUGCGAUUGGACAAUGG